UAUACAGCGUCCGCACAUGUCUUUGUCCGACCGGCCGAGUAGUAUGAUAACAAGAAAGUAUCAUGUCGCAGUUUUAUUUGUCCGUUCGAUGAGCGGCAGUCGUCCGAAGGCUCACACAUUCACCAGAAUCAUCAGUUAAUAUUGUAUGUGACACGCUAUGAAAGAUGCUCGCCCCACUCAUCUCGAACCAUCAUAGCCGGAUUGUACAGUACAAUAUCUUUAUAUAAGGACAUGCUGCGCUGAUGCUGAACUUAUCUUGUUCCAUUAACUCACAUCUAUCAUUUACAUCAACUGAGCAAGAAUCGAAAUUAACAACAUAGACGUCUUCUCCAAUCGUCUUAUACGCACCAUUACCUACAGUCAAAACGACAACGAUCAACAUGGGUUCAGCAUCUACUACAGCUUUGGAUCUUCGUGGUCUCACCCCUGCUCCAGUUACUCCAUUCACGCCCAACGGAGACAUCGAUUACCCCGCCAUCCAGCGCAUCGGCUCUUGGCUAGGCAGCAUUGAGGGUGUCAAGGGCUUGGUUGUCCUUGGCCACGCCGGCGAAGGCACCUUUUUAACUCAAGAUGAGCAAGCCGAUGUCAUUCGCGCCUUUGUCAAGUCAACCAAUGGCCGUGUUCCCGUCAUUGCGGGAAUUACAGCCGAGGGAACCAAGGUAGCGGCUCUUGAGGCUCAGCGUGCCAAAGCCGCAGGCGCCGCAGCUGGUCUCCUCUACCCAUCCCACGGCUGGCUACGCUUUGGUUACCAGGAAGGCGCACCACAGGACCGCUAUAAGGUCGUUUAUGAGGAGAGCGGCCUCCCCUUGAUUCUAUUCCAAUACCCGGACGUCACGAAGGCAACUUAUAACCUUCAGACCAUGCUCGAUAUCAGCGCACAGCCAGGCGUCUUUGCCAUGAAGAACGGUGUCCGCAACAUGCGCCGCUGGGACGUCGAGAUCCCUAUCAUCCGCCGGGAGCGUCCGGAGCUCCAGAUCCUCUCUUGCCACGACGAAUAUCUCCUCCAUACUGCCUUUGACGUGGAUGGUUUCCUCGUUGGCUACGGAACUAUUGCCCCAGAGCCCCUACUUGAAAUGAUUGCGGCUGGCAAAGCGAAAGAUUACAAGAAGGCCCGCGAAGUCCAUGACCGCCUUUUACCGUUAACCAGGGCUGUCUACCACCGUGGCUCGCAUAUGGAGGGCACUGUAGCAUUAAAGCACUCGUUAAUUGCUCGUGGUAUUCUAGAGCAUGCUACUGUGCGGUCAUCGCUACUGCCUCUUGAAAAGGGUGCAGACAAGGAAAUAUAUGAUGCAAUGAGCUCAACGGGACUACCAAAGGCUCCUAAAGCAUACCAGGCAUAGAUAUAAGGGACCCUUCCAAUUCAAGGGGUAGAACGAGUGGGGAUGGAUAAGAUUGUAAAAUGUGGACACACAUAAUAUAGCAAUAUAGAAAAUUACUCUGC